GAGACAGAGAGCAGAGAGCGGUAGUAGUGGUGGUGGGAGUGUCUGACUGCUCGGCCACAGCGGGAGGCCGUAAGGACAACAUCGGAGUCCGGCUGCUCGGAGCCGGGGAGGCUGGAGGAACAACACCGGGGUCCGGCUGCUCGGACUCGGAGCGGGCAGAGCCGGCGGGGCAGAGACCCGGGUCGUCCUGAGGGCCCCGCUUCACCACCGGCGAGCCUCGCCUAGCGACCGCAGACCCCCCCCCUCUUCCCUCCCACACGAGCGUCGGCCGUCGGGUCGGCGAUCCGGACGCAAGGCCGAGGCCCCGUCAGGGUGGCCGGGCACGAGUCCCGGGCGGCCGCGAUGCUUUGCUACGUGACCAGGCCCGACGCGGUGGUGAUGGAGGUGGAAGUGGAUCCCAAAGCAAACGGCGAGGACUGCCUGAAGCAGGUUUGUCACAGGCUCGGGAUUAUAGAGGACGACUAUUUAGGGCUACAGUAUUCGGCGAACAAAGGGGAAACCCUCUGGCUGAACCUGAGAAACAGAAUCUCCCAACAGAUCGAAGGGAUACCUUAUAGAUUCAAACUGCGAGUCAAAUUUUUUGUCGAGCCCCAUCUCUUGUUGCAAGAACAAACUAGGCACCAGUUUUUUAUGCAUGUACGAGAUGACCUCCUGGGUGGCCGUCUUCAAUGUUCAACGGAGCACGCUGUGGACUUGAGUGCACUUCUAGCACUGGUGGAAUUUGGAGACUACAAUCAAAACACUGCCAAGUAUUCUUACGAAGAUCUCUGUGCAAAUGACUUAAACACUACCAUUUUGAACAGUAUUGUUGCCAAACACAAGAGUUUAGAAGGAAUGAGUCGCUGCACUGCCGAGUAUCAAGUUCUACAGAUUGCAUGUACGCUGGAGCACUAUGGUGUGGAGUGGCAUCCCGUCAAAGAUGGAGAUGGACAAAAGAUGGUGAUUGGUGUGGGGCCAAAUGAUAUAUCUGUCUGUAAAGAGGACUUGACUCUGAUUAACAGGAUUUCGUAUCCUAUUAUCCAGAUGGCAACCCAAUCCAAUAAGAAUGUUUUCCUGACCAUCACCAAGGAGUUGGGCAGCGUCGUGCUGAUGUUGAAGUUGAUAAGCAACAGGGCAGCAAGCGCCCUUUACCGUGCAAUAACCGAGACCCAUGCAUUUUACAGGUGCGACACCGUCACGAAUGCGGUCAUGAUGCAGUACAGCAGGGAUUUCAAGGGCCAUCUUGCUUCUUUAUUCCUCAAUGAAAACAUCAAUCUUGGCAAGAAAUAUGUCUUUGACAUCAAACGCACAUCCAAGGAGGUUUACGACCACACGCGGAGAGCUUUAUAUAAUGCAGGCAUUGUAGACUAUGUUCCGAGCAGUGAUCAGGAUGGCCAGAACUCUCCGCUUAAAUCUUCUGACCUUGAACUGAACUGUAACAGUUGUGAAGGACUGAGCUGUCAGCAAAGCCAGAUACUCCAGGAGAAGAUUCGAAAGCUUAAAGAAGCCCUCCUGUGCAUGGUCUGUUGUGGUGAAGAGAUCAAUACAGCUUUCUGUCCCUGUGGGCACAUGGUUUGCUGUGAUACUUGUGCAAGUCAACUCCAGGCUUGCCCCGUAUGCCGUUCUGAAAUUGAUCACGUUCAGCAUGUGUUCCUGCCCACGUGCGCCAGUCUGUUGAACCUGACUGUGAUAUGAAUAGUUUGGAGAAGAGUUUGUGAAGCUAACACGACAGAGGACUGGAGGUGCUGCAGGUUUCUCGAUGCAAAUAUACCAGUUUGUUUGUGUUUGCAUCUCGUGGCGUAUUUGGAAGGUUCCCAAUACUUCCAGGCCAGUGAUGGUGAUUCGAUGGACCGGAACUUCUGUCACAGAUGGUAUUAAGAGACUUGCCAGUUUUAAAACCUUUCAAACCCAAUUGCAUUUUUUUUUGUGUGUAUCAGUUGACCUGAAUUGCAUUGUGACUAGUAGCAGCAGCAGCUAGUCAUUGAGACCGUGUAACAGUGAUACUGCCUAAACAAUUUUUUUUUUUUUUGGAGUGCCCAUCCAUGGCAUUAGAACUGUUAUGUUGUGCUAUCUCUUUUUAUUACAAUGAUUUUAAAAGCGAUUUUUUGAUUUGUAGUUCACAAGUGUAUUGGCUCGAAAAAUGUAGCGAAAUUGGUGCAAUGGUGCAGAAUCAUUUGAGGUGUAUAAUAGCUUUAUCCAUCUUCCAUCAAACCAAUUGUAAGGUGAACAACAUAUUUACACUUUUAUUUUAAAAUUAUUCUGAUCUUGGGCGUCUACAUCAGAAAAGGUCUUUUUUUUUAAUUCUCAAAUAUGCAAUUGUAUUAGUUAUACUUUCGUGGCUAUGACAAGUUUCGAGUGUGAAACCAAGUGUAGAGCUAUUCCAGUUUGAUUACUGGAUAUUUAUACCUCGUGUAGGGUCAGUAGAAAAUUUCGGAUGCAAGGACUUGCUGAAAGACCAAUUUGUGUGCAAUUCUGACUGCGUUAAGGCUAAGCAUAAAACUGUCACUUUAUAAAAGGAAUUCCAAAUGUUCAUAGGGUAGCCUUAAUGUAGCAGCAAUGACAGACACCGUGUGUUCAUGUACAGAUCGGGUUCUUUGCACAGACGUUUUGACUUUAAAAUAUAUUAUUGUCUGUCAUGUUUGACACAAUCUAUUUUUACACUUUGUACAAAUUAGAUUUAUUUCCAUUUGAAGAAAACAUUGUCUAAGCUAGAUUUAACUCCUUUUUGUAUUCCUUUUAAAGUAUGUUAAUAAAAACUUUUGUAUCAUUU